AUGGUAUCCGAUCCCGGAUCCAGUUCAUAUCCAACACCUACCGGCCGUCCCUCCAUGUGGAAUCUCUCAGGCCAGCGUAAGCUUAGCCGCUUGUAUACCUACACCAACCUGCCUCUUCCCCGCAUCGUCAAGGUCCUCGACUCCUUGCGUAUCUCAAACACCGGAGAGACGCCGGGACAGGACUCGGUGAACAAGAGGCUCAACGCCAACCUCGAUAAGGAGCCUCGAUGGCUUCGCCCAAAGACGAAAUCCGACAUGAGCCGCCGCAUCGACGAGCUCGCCAAUUCCCCCGCCUCCGCCGCCCCAACCGCAGAGCACACCGGGCAUCUACAUUCCCUCGGAGACCCUUCGGACAUGGGCAUGCAUUCCACCUGGCUCGAUGCGGCGACUGUGGCCGAAGCUAGCCCCUGGCACCCCGACCUCGCACACUGGAACCAACCUGCCGCCCCUCCCCCCCCCGCUGUGACCACCCAGCAGCUGGCAUCGCCUCAGGUCGCCUUCGCCGAUCCUAGCAGACCUAUGGCUAUGGGCCCCGUCUCGGUCCCGCCCGAGCCUGUGACCGCCCCAAGUUUGCGGCGACGGACUACCGUCGCGACUACCUCCACGGACAUGACCUCCAACACCCUCGCAGACGCCCUCUCCCAGUGCUCAUCCGACUAUGUCCGCAGAGUCACCCGGCUCGUCAAGCGCUACACACUGUCCGGACUUGUCACUGCGCCUUCUACCCUCGACGAAGGCGAAUCCGUGCCAUCCGAAUCGCGUCCCGGCACAUCCGGCUCCACACGAAGCUCGUGGCUCGACGACGACGAUGACGGAGAUCACGCCCGCCUUCCCGACGACACCAGGCGGCUACCGGGCGAUUUUCUUCAAAUAGACUUUCAACUCUCCGAGAAAGGGCCCUGCCUGCUCUUACAGGAGCACGAAUCCAGAUCUUGCUUCUGCUACGCCAGAGAGGAACUCACCCAUGCACACUGGGUCUCGGAUGAAGGCCUUUCGGCCAGUCUCCGUCCCGUCUUCCACAACGACCCGUCGGCCUUAUCCGCCCUAAUCCACGAAAGAGAUCCUUUCGGCAACACGCUGCUCCAUCUCCUCGCCUCCCGAGGCGCGCCCCACAGCUUGCUGCACCGCGCACUCGAUCACGCCUCCAACGCUUGCGUUAAAAACAGUGCUGGACAAACCUUCCUCCAUCUCCUGGACGAUUCCUGGUUUUUCUCCUCCACCGGAAUGCCGCCCCUUCUCAGUCUCCUUCGACGUCUGAGUAAGGACGCGUACUUCGACAUCUACUCCUCCGAUGUGUACGGGAGAAGCAUUUUUCAUCUUCUCGCAACAAAGCUGGACGAGACCGAGAACGGCCGCGGGAUUGGCGCUGGGAUACGACGGCACUUUGAGACUGCGAAAUACCGUCGUCGGGACGCUUUCGGCGUGGUCCCGGGAGAAGACGAGACACCUCUUUCUCUUCCUCUUCCUCCUUCUCUUUCUCAUUCAGGCCCACCAGCGGGGAUACCAAGCUCAGACGAUGCGCAGCCAGAUAACGCCCGAGACGCCGGAUACAUCAAACACACCCGGCUCGUCAAAGUGGUGCGCACAUCAGAGCUGGAACCUGAUGUCGAAGACUCCAAGGGCCGCAACGGACUCCACUGCCUCGCCGCCGCCAUCCUCACUCAAGACACCCUACUGGCCAAGUACGGCAGCUGCCCUUCCAUCUCAUUAGCUCCGCGGGCGCAGCCACAACCCCAAGCGCAGCCCACGAAUGGCCGGAAACGAAAACUCAACACCCCCUACCUGAACAAGAAUCUAUGCGACGCGUCGAACGAAUCCCUCAGACAUCGCGAGUCGCUGGUGCGCAGACUGCUGGAAGCGGGGGUGGACCCGAACCACUACGCCGCCGACGGCACCACGCCCCUCAUGGCCUUCGUGGCCCACCUCCCCGAGGACGGCGACUACAAGCUGCCCGUGUCGAUCCUGGAGCUCCUCAUCGAAGCCGGGGCCCGCGUCGACGCCCGCAACCGCCAAGGCGAAACGGCGCUGCACGUCGCGGUGCGCCAUGGCCGCAAGCUCGCCGUGCGGACCCUGGUCAAGAACGGUGCCUGCGUCCACGUCCGCGAUGCGGCCGGCCGGAGCCUCCUGGACGUCGCUGACGCGCGCGUCGUCGGCGCCUCCCGCGACGAGAAGGCCUACUCCCAUUACGAGGCCUCUCGGGCUUGGCUCUCCGGUAAGGAGAGCAAGGCCGUGCAGAAUCCCACUGUGGCCAUGGAGUGGGGUCUCGGCCUUGAGUCUUCUGGAUGA